UUGAUGUGUUUGGUGUGAGGGUGGGGGUGUUGUCCCCUUCCCCUUCUCUGCUCUGGGACAGUAGGGCCGGAAAGCCUGAGGUGAUUCACUGGUGAGUCAACAGCUAUCAACUAUAAAGCCCCAGCACUGAUGGAGCCUAAGCAUGACACAGCUCUCUCACCUAAAGGUACUGUUGCACUGCUGGACAGGCACACAGCCACUGACACAAGAAGAAAGUAUGCACUCAUUCCCAGCUCUGCUUUGCUCCUGUGUAGUCAGCAUGUUCACUCUCGGCCACGGACUUCCUCUCCCUCCAGAUGCUGUGAAAAACUAUGUCAAACUGCAGGCUGAAAACAUCAGCUCCAGAAUCCAGAGGCACAAAGAUGAGAUGCAGAUAUUGGGUAAGGUGGUCCUGGACGGUCCUGAGUUUCUCCCUGAGCUGCUGUCCGAUAAGCCCGUUGAAGGCCUGAGUUCCAUGGUGGAGACCCUCAACGCCUUCCAGAAGGUCCUGCACAGCCUACCCAAAGGCCACGUGAGCCAGCUGCACAGCGAUGUGUCCACACUGCAGGGCUACCUGGAGAAGAGGAUGAGCUCCCUGCAGUGCACCCAGAGGAAAACAGGCACCGAGAAGAGCCUGGAGGCCUUCCUGAAGGACAAUGGAACAUACUACAUCACACUGGGCCAUGUGGCUCUGGACAGACUGCAAAAAUACUUACAAAAACUUGUACGAAACCUAGACCAGCUGAAAACCUGCUAAAAGCCUGCAUCUCCCUGCUGUCCACUAUUUUAUUAUAGUAUUUAUCGUAUUUAUUUAUAAACAUAUUUAUAAGACCAAAGAACUGCUUUUUUACACAAAUGUUUUGAGAUGUAUACAAAAAUGUACUUGUAUAUGUAUUUUAAAUGUCUUAAGCUUAGGAUUUUAGUGGCCAUUGAAACUGUAAGGGCAAAGAAUCUGCAAGGCAUUCCAAUCCGCACAUGCGCACACACGCUCACACAGGAAGUGCGCUGACCUCACCACCAGCCAAGCAUGCUUAGUGAUGUCACACAAUCUUACCAGAAGACCUAUGACCGAUCAUGCUGGGAAGCACAAAUCCUCGCUCCCCCUCUCUGGAACACCAGCAUAUAUGAACUAUGGAUCCUGCACUUUGAUCAUAUGUCUUCUGUAAAUAGUUUAUUAGGGUGAGAUACAUAAGGUUUUUUGCGACUGUAAAUUAUUUAUUGUAAAUGAUGUCAGUUUUAAAAAUGUGUAUUUUUUGUAUAUUCAUAACUAAAAACCUCACUGAAAUAAAAUACAAAAUUAUAAGUCAUAA